GCUUGAGAAGGAGAGAGAGAGAGAAGUGGAGGGGGGAGUUGGAUGGAAGGAGCUAAAUGUGGCCGUGAUAGUCUCCCCUACUGGAUGCUGCUUUUUCCUUUUCAUGGCUUUGUCCCUCCUUUGUACAGCGUCCCCGGUAGCAGGCACCGGUACGCCGCGUAGUACUGAGCCACGGAGCCGAGGAUGAAUCGGUCCCAACAAAGAGCCUUUGAGAGGGCAGGGUGCGCUUCUGCCUGGAGGGAGGAACGCAUCAGGCUUUCCCAGGCAAGCGGCAGCCUGCAGUGUGCUCUCGCUUGAGAGGCAGCCCUCCUCCCCGUCGCUGUGUGUGCCAGAGAGAGCUUUAUGUCCACGCGUGUGUGUAUGUGAGCGUGAAUGUGAGUGAGCAGUGUUACAACAGUGUAUGUUGGUGUGUAUGUGCACCCUCUCGUCUCCAAUCCUUCCUGGAGGAGAGAGGCUCCCCCUCUUCACUGGACAGCAAGGGACGUUUUGAGGCAGGGAGGCUGCCGCCCUCCGCGGCCUGAGGAUGUUUCGCAAAAAGAAAAAGAAGAGGCCUGAGAUAUCAGCGCCCAAGAACUUUGAGCACCGUGUCCACACCUCGUUUGAUGCCAAACGGGGCUGCUUUGUGGGUCUUCCGACCCAAUGGCACAGCCUGAUAGAGAACUUGCGAAGGCCCAGACCCAUGGUGGACCCCUCCAGGAUCACAGAGGUGGAGUUGAGGCCAAAGAAGACCAUUGUGCGUGGAAGCAUGAUCGGUCACGGGGACUACAUCUCAGCCAUGAUCAAUGACAUGAGUCGUCUGUCUGUGACCAGUUCUAACUCUCUGCGGAAGAGUAGCCCGUCAGCCAGGAAGAGGGCCCAGUCUCUGGGAAGGCUGGGGGAGGUGAGCGAAGGAGACAUCUACCAGUACGAGGGUCUAACCCAGGAUGACGACGACGAGGACGAGGAUGCGGGUCAGGAACGGUGGAGGGACAGGGCCAGGAACAUCCACAGCGAGACCAACACCCCUUACUUGGGCAUGAAGAAGAGCAUCACUCUGCAACCCAAUGGGAUAUUGCCAAAGGCCAAAUCCACCUAUGAAGUCGCUGUCAGCUCCUACGACGGGCCUCCAAUUCAAUCCCACAAUAUGGCAUCACCAAGUCAGGGGGCUUUCAUGAGUGGGGAAGUGGGAAGUCCCCAGGAGACGGUGAUAUGGAAAAGAGAGUUCCAGCUGCCCAGAGGAAUGCCACCCAAUCAGAGACCUGUAGCUUGUUUUUACACCCCUGCAAUGACUGUGCAGCAGCUCCAUGGAGAUCAAGGAACAAUCGCCACGGAGCUCCGUCCCAAUUUACCGAUGUACAUGCACCCGCAGAACAGCCCAGGGAGGCCAUUCUCCUCCUAUGACCUGAAAACAGAGUCAGCGGUGAGGUACCACUCUGGUUUCCUGCCCACCGGCACCAGCAGUCCUCUCGUGGGAGGGAUUCGACCUCAGCGGGCUGUGCGCUCCUCAGCCAGCUACACUCUCGGUCUGUCUCCUAACAUGGGACUGAGGCCCAGUGGACCAGACCCAUUUCUCAGACACUCUGGAUGCCCCAUCCCUCCCUACCCGCGGCAGGACAGCCCCUCCCAGCCCAGACCUUCCCCUACGGGCUCGUUGGCCACCAGUCCCCCCGGUACCUGCUCCCCGGCGUUCAGACCACCGCAGCAUCCCUCACCCAGACCGCCCCCCGACCCUCCUAAGGUGACACACGAACAAUUCAAGGCAGCUUUGCAGAUGGUGGUCGACAAGGGCGACCCACGGACUUACCUGGAGAACUUUGUGAAGAUUGGAGAGGGCUCAACAGGUGUGGUGUGUAUAGCCACGGAAAAGCACACUGGACGGCAAGUGGCGGUGAAGAUGAUGGACCUGCGGCGGCAGCAGAGACGAGAACUGCUCUUUAACGAGGUGGUCAUCAUGAGAGACUAUCAGCACAGAAAUGUGGUGGAGAUGUUUAAGUCUGCCCUGGUGGAGGAGGAGCUGUGGGUAAUAAUGGAGUACCUGCAGGGGGGAGCGCUUACCAACAUUGUGUCUGAAACCAGGCUGAGUGAGGAGCAGAUUGCCACAGUAUGUGAAGCGGUCCUGCAAGCCCUGGCCUAUCUCCAUUCACAGGGAGUCAUUCACAGAGACAUCAAGAGCGACUCUAUAUUACUCACAUUAGAUGGAAGGGUAAAGCUUUCAGACUUUGGCUUCUGUGCUCAGAUCAGCAAGGACAUCCCUAAAAGGAAAUCCCUGGUGGGGACACCGUAUUGGAUGGCUCCUGAGGUCAUCUCCAAAUCGCCAUAUGGCACAGAGGUGGACGUGUGGUCGAUGGGUAUCAUGGUGGUAGAGAUGGUGGACGGAGAGCCCCCAUACUUCAGCGAAACACCAGUAGCAGCGAUGAAAAGGCUGAGGGACGAACCAGCUCCAACUGUUAGAAAUGUCAGCCAGAUCUCCCCAGUUCUUAAAGACUUCCUGGACCGCAUGCUGACUCGGGACCCCCUGGAGCGGGCCAGCGCCACUGACUUGCUGGAGCAUCCCUUCCUGCUGCAGAGCGGCGCACCACAGUGCCUGGUCCCGUUGGUGGAGCAGUACCGCAAGCGCAUGUCCCGUUGCUGACCCCAUGGCGCGCACGGUUCCCGAACACACAACUUCUGCCUGACCCGUACAGGGCUCAAAGGAGGACUAGCAGCGGGCUCCCGCUCCUCUAGCACCCACGCUAACGGGGUGCUGGCUCCAGAAAGGCUAAACCCAGAUGGCAUUUUGCAGCCAGCGUGAUGGUGGCAGGUUUGGUUGACAGACACGGCAUGGUCUCGGGCAUGUGAGAAGCACUUUAGGAGUGAGCUAAAGGCAGCAUGCAAGUCCUCACCUCUGAAACUCAGUUUUGAUCUGCACCCUGUAACAUUCUGUGCAAUACAACACAACAGCACAAUGUGGUGCAUAAGGAACUGAAAAAAAUGUAUUCCACAUAAUUAUACAAGGACACACUACUCUGAAAAUCCUUAAUAGUGUUCAUCGUGGGCAUUAUUGGUAGCUGUGUGAAGAUAAUACAGCUCAAACCACCGUAGCUCAACGUCACAGGAUGAAGUUACUUUUGCACACUCACACCAUGUUGUGGAAUAAGGAACAGCCCGGUUAACACACACUCUUUGCAUGGCCAAACGGAGGCGCACCUGGCCUGAUGUGAAUGCUUGAAUACUGUAUGUACCAAACUGGGAUGUGAAAGACAGUUUUUCUGUAUUAGCAUAACGAAUGGGUAGAUAAAAGCCCAGCUGCUACUGUCAGGCUACUGGAAAAAUCACCAGUACCAUCUUCCUCUUUUUCAUAUUUAUUCUUGAUUUCCAAAAGUUGUUGUGGGUCGUUUGUAUGAUGUGAAGUUGCAAAUAAGGUUUUAUAAAUAAGUAUGUACUGGAAACAUAAGCAGAUAAACACAUAAUGUAAAUACAGAGUAUAAGCUCCCCGAUACCUGCUGAUUCACUGCAGUAAAUUAUAUGAAAUGAGUUCAACAUGUUCAUUUUAUUUACCGAAAUGUGAGUGCAUAGUUGUGCGUGUGUGUGUAGCCAUGUUUGAGGGCACGGGUGUGUGUUAUGCCACAUCUCAGUGUUUGCAUCUGAUACAAACUCCAUGUGUAUUGUGACAGACUUUUUAAGAAAAAAAGAAAGAAGAAGAAAUCACAGGAUGUGUGAGUUGCUCCUGAAGAUGAAGUGUGUGACUGUAUUUGCAUUCGUUUGCCAAGAUAAAGCACACACUGGCAUGUGAUGCUGCAGGACACAAACCUGCUGAGAAACACUUUGCACAUAGUCUUUGUAUUCUGACACAGAUACAUGUUGAUAUGUUUCAUGUAUUUCUAUUUCUAUGUGGAUCAUUCAUGAAAUAGAGAAUAACACGUUUUAAUUUUGUAUAAAUCAAUAAA